AUGACAGAAGAAUCAUAUCCAGAAGCCGACUCAACAGUAACUUUGUUACUCCUGGGCGAUGCGGGCUGUGGAAAGUCCGUAUUCUUAUCACGCUUGAAGAGUGGCAAGAAGCUAGAGCCCUCGCAACCAAGCACCACCGAUAGUGCAUCCGAGACCUUGCGGGAUAGCGACCAGCCGUUCACUUAUGAUAUUCGAUUUUCCAAAAAAGCCUUUACAUUGGAACUCUAUGACACAGCAUGUCCUAACCAGCAUUGGUCGACCCUCAGGCCCGACGUCGUUAUUAUAGCCUUUGAUAUCUCAAACCGGGAUACAUUGACAGGCUUGAAAGAGUGGCGCAAUGAUAUAAUAAGGUAUUUCCAACAUGGUCGUGGAGAGCGAAUUCCCGUGAUGAUGCUCGGCUUGAAAAGAGACCUGAGGGAGGAGGGCGAGGGGAUCAUCUACCCGCAAGAGGCCUACCGUAUCGCCCAGGAACUGCGCUGUGAUAGGUAUGCGGAAUGUUCGGCUGUGACGGGGGAGUUGCUGCCAGAGACAUUUGAAGACCUGGCAAGACUUGCGGGCAUGUCAACCACGGAAAAAGGUGGGCAAACCGACGGGGCGUGCAAUAUUUUAUGA